AUGGCAGGAGAACCAUCUACGCAUGAUACUCUGGAGAGAAUGACGAGGGACAUGACACACCAGGAAGCUUUGGCGCAGUCCAGAAGAAGGCUAACGUCAAAUGCCAAUAACCGCAUUCAGUUAACGAGGCCCAAAAUGACCCCUCCAAACGACACCAGACACACAAAUAUUGCUCAUCAUGAUCCUGCACUUCUUGGCCGAAAAGAGACGAAGAAUGCAUUGAAUCUGAUCGACAGAUCGCUGGAAAACCUGCCGCCUAUUAGAAGAAGAACUGUGCAAAUCAAAGAAAUUUUAGCCCCUCAAGAGCCUACAGAACUGAUCCACCAUAACAGCAACAUUGUUGGCAACGAGGGAUAUGGCUACAAUAGGAUGGAAAGCAGCAGAAAGAGACUAGCUGCUGAUGUGGACGAUUUUGCACACAUGAAAGAGACAAGAUUACAUGACCCCGUCAACGUCCAUACCAAUGAUUCCUCUUGGGAAUUGCGUCAAUGUCAGGAAGAGCUACGUGAAGCACGAGAACAACUACAGGCGUACAAAGAGCAAUUGGCAGAAAAAACAAUACAGUAUGAAGAAGUGUUGAAUGUCAGGACUUCAGAACCAGAAAAGGCGUUGGAAGAUUUCCAGCAUUGGACUCAGAAUACAGAGGAAGGUUAUCUUGAGUUACGAAAUCAAUUCGAAAUCGUCUGGAACAAGAGCAAAGAAAUGGACCUCGCGUUGGAGGGUGACAGUAAGCAACAACAGCAGGAUGAAACUGCGAAGCUUAGAGAUUUAGUCCGUCAGCUUGAGACUGAAUUAGAGCAAAAGAAUGCAGAGCUAAACGAUCAAAACAAAGUAUCAACAGAGGAUGCACGACAUUUACUUGAUUUAUACACGGAUUUGACGGGUCUUAUCGUCCGAGAUACAAAGACAAACAAAGGUGUCACUUCAUACAAAUGCUUGAUCACUGGAAAGAACGGAGCCCUACAAUUCGCGUUGUCCAUUGGAAGAGGCAGCAACGCCUAUGUGUUCUAUAGCCCGGCAUUGGAUUGUCAUCGAGACUCUAAACUAAUUCAAAAGUUCCCCGCUUUUCUAAAGGAGGAUAUCGAGUUCACAAAAGACAACUUGCACAGCUUUUUCACCACAUUAUCUCAAUUGAUGAACAAGUAG